AAAGAGAAAGAGCAGAAAGAAGCGCCACAAAGUGACCCACCGAGCAGCGUCCCGUCCAUGUCGAAGAUGACCUGGAACCAUCCACGUGAGAGGGAAAUGACGAUGCUGUGGGUGCUUCUCCUGCCGCUGGUGUCUGGAAAUCUGGAGCAGAAAGCAAACGUGCGUCCCAACUACGUGCUUAUCAUGGCCGACGACCUUGGUAUCGGAGACCUGGGCUGUUACGGGAACGACACUCUCAGAACUCCCCACAUAGACAGCCUGGCGAAGGAUGGAGUGAUGCUUACCCAACACAUAGCUGCUUCUCCACUCUGUACCCCCAGCAGAGCAGCCUUCCUGACGGGCAGGUAUCCCAUCAGAUCAGGAAUGGCGUCCUUCGGAAAAGUGGGAAUCUUUUUAUUUGCAGCUAGUUCUGGAGGAAUUCCUGCCAACGAGACAACUUUUGCGAGACUCCUGCAGGAGCAAGGCUACGCUACGGCUCUCAUCGGCAAGUGGCAUCUCGGUUUAAACUGUGAAACGAGCGACGAUCACUGCCACCACCCUCAGCGACACGGCUUCAACUACUUUUACGGCUUCCCGUUGACCAACUUGCGAGACUGCAAACCGGGGCAUGGCAGCGUGUUUGUUAGGGGGUUGCAGAGCCAAUUGAAGAUUGGAUCCCGUGUCCUCGUCGCUCUCCUGGUCACUCUGCUGCUGCUCGUCUACAUGGAGUUGCUGGCUGUACACUGGAGGGCUCUGGCUUACACCAGCCUGGCCUCCGCCUUGCUCCUUGGGCUUGGGUUACUCUUUCUGGUCAACUUCCGUCUCCUCAACUGCAUCCUCAUGAGAGACAGGAACAUCAUCCAGCAGCCGUUUUCAUACCAGAACCUGACUCAAAGGAUGACUGACGAAGCCGUGGGUUUUAUAUCAAGAAACGUAGACCAGCCAUUCCUGCUCUUCCUGUCUUUCCUACAAGUUCACACAGCGCUGUAUUCUUCAGAGGAAUUCCGAGGGAAAAGCAACCAUGGCUUAUACGGAGACAACGUCGAGGAGAUGGACUGGAGUGUCGGGCAGAUUCUGAUGGUGCUGGAAAGGCUUCAAGUUAGCAACAAGACGCUGGUUUACUUCACGUCUGAUCAGGGUCCUCAUCUGGAGGAGUUCUCUGAUGACAACGAGGUCCAUCGUGGGUGGAGCGGCAUCUACAAAGGAGGGAAGAGCACCAAUUGGGAAGGUGGUAUCCGAGUGCCGGGGCUCCUCCGCUGGCCAGGAACGCUGCCCGCGGGCGUCAGCAAGCACCAGCCCACCAGCAACAUGGACAUCUUCCCCACAGUGGCCAACCUGGCCCGAGCUGCCGUGCCAACCGACAGACUGAUAGACGGCCGAGAUCUGAUGCCUCUGCUCCUGGGGAAGGUACAGCAUUCAGAACAUGAAUUUCUCUUCCACUACUGUAAUGCAUACCUCAGCGCAGUUCGGUGGCAGCCAAAGAACAGCUCCGCUGUGUGGAAGGCCCAUUUCUUCACACCGAACUUUAGCCCAGAAGGAGCACAAGGCUGUUUCGACACCCACGUGUGCUUCUGCUUUGGGAGCUCAGUCACUUGGCACAACCCACUGCUCUACGAUCUCGAGUCUGACCCGGCCGAGUCCUCGCCCUUGGCCCCUGACACAGACCCCCGCUACCACCAGGCGCUGGAGGGGAUACAGGAGGCGGUGGAGCGGCACCAGAGGACUUUAGCCCCAGUCCCCUGCCAGCUGUCACCUCUCAACAUGUUGUGGAAGCCAUGGCUCCAGCCCUGCUGCAGCUCCGCAAGUGAGCUCUGCCGCUGUGAUCAGGACUGAAGUGACACAGGUUACCACACUGUCUCUCCUGCUCUCUUCAUAGGGGAAGCUCCUAUCUGUCCUGUGUGUCUGUGUUUAUUUCUCUCUUUAUCUAU